AUGGCACCAACUCAGUUAGAAAUCAAAAGUAAAUCUCUUGCUAGACUAAUCAAAGAAGAAGGUUUAUAUCAAAAAGAAUUGAAAGAGCAAGAAGAACAUGUCCAAGGUUUAAAAUCAUCCAAUGCUGAUUCAUAUGAAAUUAAAAAACAAGAAGAAGUCCUUGAAGAUACUAGAAAGGUCAUUCCAGAAGUUAGAAAGAAAAUCUCUGAAGCUCAAGAAUCUUUAGAAUCAUACAUCACAGACUAUACAGGAACUGAAGAUUUAACUGCUGCUAAAGAAAACAUUGAGGCUGCUAAAAAAUUACUAGGAUGA